UACAAAACGCAGAACAAACGCUAUAUUCAUCCGUGCUCCGGCUUGCAGUAACUGAAACUCCCUGCAGGAACUUGUGGGUACUUUUUCUCUCUCUCUCCUCCUCCUCCCUCUCUCUCCCUCUCUCUCUCUCUCUCUCUCUCCCCCGCCGACUCGGAGCUGCGAUGACAUCCAUGCCACGGGGCGAAAACAAGCGAGGCGCCUGGUCCGUUAAUCCGGCUGCUAUGUGGAGAGUAUGCAGUGGUUUUUGCGCAUGGAGUCUCCUGUUCCUGGCAGAGGUCUGCGCGCAGUCUCAACGCAGACCGACGUUCACGUGCGGUGGGAAUCUGACGGGGGAAUCGGGAGUCAUCGGGAGCCAGGGUUACCCGGGAGUGUACCCACCCAACACCAAAUGUGUUUGGAGGAUAACAGUCCCCGAGGGCAAAGUAGUGGUGCUGUCGUUCCGCUUCAUCGACCUGGAGAGUGACAACUUGUGCCGCUACGACUUCGUGGACGUUUACAGCGGCCACGCCAACGGGCAGAGACUCGGCCGCUUCUGUGGCACCUUCAGGCCCGGCGGCCUGGUUUCCACUGGCAACAAGAUGCUCCUCCAGAUGGUGUCCGAUGCCAACACGGCCGGGAGUGGCUUCCUCGCAGUGUACUCCGCUGCCCACCCACACGAGAGAGGGGAGCAGUACUGCGGAGGCCGCUUGGACAAGCCUUCAGGGUCAUUUAAGACCCCCAACUGGCCUGAGAGAGACUAUCCAGCCGGGGUCACCUGCUCCUGGCACAUCGUGGCACCCAAGAACCAGAUUAUCGAGGUGAAGUUUGAGAAGUUCGACGUGGAGAGGGACAACUACUGCCGCUACGAUCACGUCUCUAUUUUCAACGGGGCAGAGAUCAAUGAUGCCCGGAGGAUUGGGAAGUACUGCGGAGACAGCCCCCCAGCGCCCGUGUUCUCAGAGGGGAACCAGCUCCUCAUCCAGUUCCUAUCAGAUCUCAGUCUGACAGCGGACGGUUUUAUCGGACACUACAAGUUCCGACCCAGGAAGUUUCCCAUCACUACGGUGCCACCCACCACCACCACCCAACCCGUCACCACCAGACCCAUACCGCUCAAGUAUUCUGUAGCCCUGUGCCAGCAGAAAUGCAAGAGACGAGGAACUCUCGAGAACAAUUACUGCUCCAGCAACUUUGUGAUAACUGGGACGGUCAUCACGGCGGUGAUGAGAGGCGGCAGUAUGUACGCCACUGUCUCCAUCAUCAACGUUUAUAAGGAAGGCAACCUGGCUAUUCAACAGGCCGGCAAGUCCAUGAGCACCAAGAUCAUCAUCCUGUGCAAGAAGUGUCCGUUUGUGAGAAGGGGCUUGAACUACAUCUUCAUGGGCCAGGUGGACGAGGACGGCCGGGGGAAAAUCGCCCCUCACCACUUCGUCAUGGCCUUCAAGACCAAGAACCAGAAAGGCCUCAAUGUGCUAAAGAACAAGCACUGCUGAGAUCCCGGGGAGGAGCUCUGAGGCCAACCCCACCACAACGUGGUCCUCCACCGGUCUCAGCUGAAGAUGAGAAUGAUCCAAUGAAUAGUCCGCCAAUCGCUCGGUGAUUAUUUUCCUACACCACAAUAGAAAUAUUUGUCUGUUUUAACAUGAGUUUUAACUUGCAUGCAAGAUUCUCCGGAGAAAACCAUCAUCCUUACCUGGUUCCUCAAUAUGAACAACAAUGGGUUAAUCACAUUUAUAUUGUGUUGUAUUAAAUACGCUGGGGGAACUUAGGUCAUCAUCCAGCGACGUGUUUGUUGAAGGAUUGCAUGUUAAUGGGAUACGCAAUGUCAGUUACUUCUGUUCUGUCUGGUCUGUUGAGGAAACCAGUUGCUUAGGUCUGUUUCAUAACUUUAGAUUGGCAAAUGAAACGAGUGGAAAUUCCCACCACUAAUCUCAGCCACAAAUUUACCUGUCCGUUCCUUCUUGCGGUUCCACCGAAAAGAGGAGUUACAAGUGCACAUUGUUGUCACAGGACAGCACAAGAGCGUAGUGUACCGAGCAUGAUGAUGUCCAGACACGCAUGACGCACAUUUUGUAAGACAAAGCUUUCAUCGUCUGUUCCGCCAGGUCACAACGCCACUCGCCCACUCCUCUUCCCCCCGUCAUCCUUUCAUAUAGCCUUUAUUUCUCAUUUUUCCUCCGAGCUGAGUUUGUAAAUGAGAGCAAUGUGAAGAAUGAGUGAGAUGUGAUUUCAAAAUGUGUGAAUCAGAAGACGGAAGAUACUGGUUUAGUAGAACACACCGAAUUUAGAAGCCUGAUCGACAGCCGUAGAGGACUGGUUCGAGGAAGUAAACCAGGCCGAGCGGAUUGUUGUACUUUUAAUGACUGUGUUUAAAAACUGCCUUUAAGAUCCUAUGUUCAAUUUGAAUACUGAUACAUGGGAGGUGUUUUAUGUGGUGAUAAUAAGUGCAAUAGUUAAUAUAUAGAAUUAUUUUGAAAUGAUUCUGUCAUGCUGGAUUUAUGUGCAACAAAUGAGACCCUUCUUUAAACAAAGCUUUUUUUUUUUUCUCGUCACUGGAUGCAAAGCACCCUCAUCGGCCUACAUCACUUUGUCAAAUCUGACAUUUUUAAAGGUAGAAAUUAAAAAUGAAACAUAUUUUCAUAUGAAAAAAGUCUGUGAUCGUUAUUUAUAUUUUAUCAUUUUCACCUGCCCAAAUAAAAUC